AAAUGCACAGAAUCUCUAAUUCUCUCAACUCAAAACCCUAACAUCCGUCCCCACUCCCCAAUCAACCUGCCGCCGCCCGCCAGCACCAAACUUCCAUCCGCCCCGAGCUCUGCCUCCGCCGCCGCCGCGCCAUGAGGCCUCUCGACGAGAAGGAGACGACUCAGGUAUUCGAGAAGCUGUUCAAGUUCACGGGGCCCAACCUGAAGCACCUCCUGGAGCGCCCCGCAGUGGAGGGCCCCGACGCGGAGCCCGGCCGCUACUGCCUCCGGCUUCACCGCAAUCGCGUCUACUACGCCUCCGAGGCGCUCGUGCGCCGCGCCACCGCCGUGUCCCGACCGCGCCUCGCCGGCGUGGGGACGCCCAUCGGCAAGUUCACCCACCACGGCGCGUUCCACCUUACGGUCCACGCGCUCGACCUCCUCGCUGCACACGCGCGCCGCCGCGUCUGGCUCAAACCCGACACCGAGCGUUCCUUUCUCUUUGGCAAUUCCGUGCCCAAGUCUUCUCUCGCUCGCAUCACCGAGAACACCAAGGCCGGGGACGGGGUGGUCGUCAUGUCCAUGGCUGACGUCCCUCUCGGGUUCGGCAUUGCGGCGAGGUCGGCGCAGGAUUGCAGGAAGGCCGACACCAACGCCGUCGUCGUGCUGCACCAGUCGGACGCCGGGGAGUACCUCCGCAAGGAGGAGGAGCUCAUGUGAGGUGAGCGCAUAGGCUUGGCUGGUUAGGUCAUAUUCAUGAGUGAAUUAUGGAAGAUUGUGCCUUACUGUUGUGUGUUCCAAGGCUUGGGGCAUAUAUAUAUGUACUGAAUGAUUAAUCACUGGUUAUGA